AUGAACUCAACAUGGGACCCUAUGGACAUGUUUAAAGAUGCUUUCAUCAAGAACUUUGUUCUUGUUUUCGUGGCGAUAAUCUUCAACUACAUCAGUGGGACAUUAGUGUUCAUCUUCUUCACCAACCAGAUAUUCUACACUGAGCCGAGGUAUAUACUCUACUUUAACAUGGUGAUUAAUGACAUGGUCAUGCUGACAUUAACAGUGGCUAUACAUGUUGGAUCCUAUAUUUGGCCACUUUUCAAAAUGCCAGUCUGCUGCAUUGUAACUAUAAUAAGUCUUAUCACCCACAUGAACACCCCCCUGAAUCUGGCCGGCAUGGCCAUUGAGCGCUACAUCGCCAUCUGUGACCCUCUGCACCACGCUGAGGUCUGCACUGUACGCAGAACCUACAUCGCCCUAGCCAUCACCUGGGGUGUGGCAGCCGUGCCUGCGUUUUCGGACCUCGUAAUUACACUCGCAAUGCAACCACUUAGUUUCUUUUCCACUGCUAUUCUUUGUUUUAUCUACAAUAUAUUCAAUACACCAUACCAUGAAGUCAGAGGUACAGCAGUGCAAGUUAUUUACAUUUCUUUUGUGUGGCUAACUUUGAUCUAUACUUACUUCAGAGUGCUUUUUGCAGCGAAAGCCGCCAGUACAGAUCCCAUUUCUGCCCAAAAAGCUCGCAACACAAUCCUGUUGCAUGCUGUGCAGGUAAUGCUGUGCAUGCUGUCUUAUAUCACCCCUUGGUGCGACAUAUUUUUCCUGCAGUUAUUUCCUGAGCAGAGGACGACGAUACUCUUCUCAACUUUUUUCAUUGGGAGUGUUUUACCACGCCUCUUAAGUCCAUUGGUCUAUGGAAUUAGGGACCAGAAGUUGUUUAUGUAUAUGAAAGGAUAUUUCUUGUGCAGAUUGUCUAUUGUAAAGGUGAAUCCAACUUAA